AUGUCCGACAACGGGGACGUCGAGGUCGCCGCCUUCCCUGUCCUGCCCAAGGAGGUUCUGGCCGAGCAGGGCAGCAUCAAGCUGUUCAACAAGUGGAGCUACGAUGAUGUCGAGAUCCGUGAUAUUUCCCUGACCGACUACAUCCAGAUCCGCUCCCCCGUCUACAUCUCCCACUCUGCCGGUCGCUAUGCCGCCAAGCGUUUCCGCAAGGCUCAGUGCCCCAUCAUCGAGCGUCUCACCAACUCCCUCAUGAUGAACGGCCGCAACAACGGAAAGAAGCUCCUGGCUGUGCGCAUCGUCGCUCACGCUUUCGAGAUCGUCCACAUCAUGACCGACCAGAACCCUCUCCAGGUCGCCGUUGACGCCAUUGUCAACUGCGGUCCCCGUGAGGACUCCACCCGUAUCGGUAGCCAGGGUACCGUCCGUCGCCAGGCCGUCGAUGUGUCUCCCCUCCGUCGCGUGAACCAGUCCAUCUCUCUGCUCACCAUCGGUGCUCGCGAGGCCUCUUUCCGCAACAUCAAGAGCAUUGCUGAGUGCCUUGCUGAGGAGCUGAUCAACGCCGCCAAGGGUUCUUCCAACUCCUACGCUAUCAAGAAGAAGGACGAGCUCGAGCGUGUUGCCAAGAGCAACCGGUAA